AUGGAGGAGAAGUUAUGCAUGAAAAAUAGUAUGGGAAGGGAAAGUCUCUCCUCUAAAUCCCCUGGACGAUUUCUUCCUGCAUUUGUACCGGAGAAUGAAAAGAAGCUGGUUGCAGAACGUAAGAAAACUUUUGCAAAUAAUGCAGUUGCCAAAAAGUCGAAGGAAUUGGGUUUACAAAGGGCCAAAGAAUUUGGAUGGACAAAUGCUUAUGUGUUUACAAAGGCAAUGGGAGAAAUGAUCAUUGACCCCAUGCGAGAAAAUACACCGGUUGUCAUAAUACGACCUCCUGUAGUUGAAGGCACUUGCAAAGAACCGUUCCCAGGGUGGAUAGAAGGACAUAAGUGUGGGAAAGGGAAACUGACAGGUUUUCCAGGGAAUGCUGAUAAUGUCAUUGAUAUAGUACCAGUUGACAUGGUUGUUAAUGCGACCUUGGCAGCAAUGGUCAGGCAUGGCGUAACAAGGAAAGUAGACAUCAACAUCUACCAUGUAUCUUCUUCUAUGUCAAACCCAUUAACUUCGCAGGAUUUAUUCCGACUAUUCUGUCAACACGUUAUGUCGCCCUGUAUUGGUGCCAAUGGCAAGCAUAUUAACAUUCAGAAAUUGAAGAUCUUUGCCUCAAUGGAAGAAUUUGAUGCUCACCUUUUGAGAGAAGCCACAACGAACAGCUCUGAUAGGAAUCGUCGGAGAAAAAUCGAAACGAGAAAGUUUAUGGAACUACCAAAGCACCUGGUUUUGCUUAUUGUGGCUUUACGUGGAAUGGUUGUUGGAUUUUUUUGUUGUAGGGUUCACUCUCCAGGAAGAGUGUUUGAAAACCCUUUUCUCAUGCUUGCUGCCAUUGGCAGUGCCUUGGUGGUUGCUGCCAUUGGCAGUGCCUUGGUGGUUGCUGCCAAUGGCAGCGUUCUUGGGUUUGGCAGAUUGCUGUCUAACCCUUAG